CGAAUUUUUUGUUUUGCUUUUGCAUUUGAUUUCGUUCGACGCGCGUAGUUUCGGUCUGUUUACAGUUUGCUGUCUAAUUUUGUACACAAAUCGUGGAAAACCGUUGCUAAUCGGAUAAUUUUUAAAAUUGAUACAAUAUAUUAGGGGCUAUUCUAGCUGGAACUAAGUCAUAUUUGUUCAUAAAGAAACAUGAACUUAUCUAGCUGAGUAAAUAAUUCUGAGCCAGAAUGGAUAUUGACGCGCUACACUGUGACCUCCGUAAACGGCUAGACGUGUUGGGGUUUAAUCACCCACUUCCACUCGGAGCGAUCGGGAUUGUGUCCGCCAUCCUCGAUGACUUGAUUAAGACUUCAGAAAAGCUGAAAGCAGCCCGGCAACAAAUUGAUCAACUGCAACAGGAAAAGGUAGCCUGGGAACUUGGUGUGGAGCCAUACAAGUGUGACAACUCGCGACUGUUGGCGGAGUGUAACGGGUUGCAUUUGGAGUUGGUGAAACAGCGUGAUAAAUUUGUGUUGGCCAACACUGAACUAAAGUGUCGAGUGCGGAAUUUACAGACCGAUAAAAAACAUCUUGAUGAACGAUGUAUGCAGGCCGAGGCAAAAAUUCGUGAGCUUCAAAGUUCCGACUGCAAGUCUAAAAAGGAUGGUGUAAUUAUGCAGCGUAAACCGUUCAUUUCCACUGUUAGAUCUGGAUAUUAUCAGCCGCCCGAGUGCUGUGAAGCUCAACAGCGCGAGAGCAGGUGUCAAUGUCCGUGCAAUAAACCACGAAAGCAGGAGAUUCUACACGAGAUUGAACGGUUACAGGCGGAAACGAAGAACCAAGAGGAAGUUAUUGAGGCCUAUAAGAAACAGAUUGACUACCGCGAUCGGGAGAUUCAGCGACUCGGUGCACUGUUCGCCGGUGGUCGCCCAUCUGUUGCUCUUGCGAAAGAUUGCUGCUAUCGUAGCGUCAACACACUGUCGGAGGACGUCCAGAAGCUGCAGGCGGAGAAGACGUCCAUACAAAACAAGCUGGCCAGCGCUUUGGAGAGUCAGCAGAAUGCUAGCAAAAAGAUCCAGAAACUGUCCGAGCGCAACAAGCAGCUCGAACACGAGCUCAAAGAAAUCGAAAACGUCGCCCUGAAUGUGGAAUCUGAGGCCAAUUUGCACAUUCUCGAUAGGGAUAGGCAGAACUCGGAUUUGAACGUUAGGCUGCACCAAUCCAACAUAAGAAUAAAGGAGCUGGAAGCGAUGCUGGAGGCAAAAUCACCAGCACUUAUUCUCAGUAGUUCUUCGGCGUCCGCUUGCUCGAUGGACUCCACGCUGCAGAAUGCUUUGAAACAAGCGAACGAAGAAAAACGUGCCUUAUACAAGCAGCUAAAUGAACUGAAGCAACGGGAGCAGACGUUUUUGAAUGAUUAUGAGAAAGUUAAAAGCAAAUAUUCCAAACUAAAACUAAAGCUGUCCCAGCAGAAUGUUUACGGUCAAGAAACCAAUCAAGAUGAGUGUGAACUUUCAGAACAACGAGAGAGGAAUCAAUUUUUGGAAGAAUCCCUGAAAAACGUAACAUCCGAUCGGGAUUUCCUGAGCAGUGAGGUCAAACAGCUGCGUGAUACCGUAACCAGACUGACAACAGAAAAAGAUAAUAAAAUAGCCCAACUCGAAAGCGAACUACAUUUGUUGAGAAAGACCGCCGCUGCAGGGAACGGGGGGCGAUCUAUCAAGACGGCGGACUCGGCAGUAUCCGGCCAAUCUUCGCUUUCGGUGCAAUCUGCGUUUCAUCGUGUGGAGCGGGAGCGUGAUGCAGCGAAACGUGAGGUACAACAGUUGGAGAUCGAGCGAGAUUCGCUGAGAAAUAAGCUGAAAUUGGCCACCAAAGCACAGAAGGAAGAACAAGCCAAACACGAACAGGCAUUGAUGGAUUACAGCUCUCAGCUUGCAAAGCUCGAAGCGACUAAACGGGACAUGCUCUGUGGACGGAACUCCUCUCAAUCGACGAUUCAGAUGCUGCAGGAGGAAAACCGCGAGUUGCAAGAGCGGCUGAAGCAAGUGGAGGAUGACUUUAGUAAGCUGCGGGUGUCCCACUCGCAGCUCAAAAUGUUACAAGAGCAAACGGAACGUGCACUGACCCAACAACAAAGAAGACUAAUGUGUUCAGAAAAUCAACUGGGCUGUGCGGAGGCAAAGCUUACGAAGGUUGAUGGUACUAUCGAAAGUGCUAAUAAGGAUAUCGGAAAGUUGAAAGGCGAUAUCGGCGUACUGAAGGCUUCCAGUGCGUCCUUGCAGCGAGAGAAUGAUAAACUGAUGAUGGAGCUGAAUAAUAAAACAGAAAAGUUGUUCACCGUGGAAAGUGAGCUAAAUAAGCUCAAAGCAAGUAAAUCCGAAAUGCGGGACAACAUUGAUCGGCUACAGAAGAAACUCGAGGCUGCAAGUGUGGACAACAUCCAUAAGGAGAGCACAUUACGAAGCGCAACGUCCGAAACCGACACACUGAAGAAGCAGGUGGCGACUUUGAAGCGUUCGCACGAUAACGCCGUUACGGAAAAUGGACGCUUGUCGGAUGAGCUCACCAAUUCCGCAUCGGAGCUGACGCUAACGAAGCGCAAGCUGGCUGACUGCCAGCAGGAGGUCGAGCGAAUGAAGUCGCAGCUUCGCGAAUACGUGCAGGAAAUCCAGCGUGCCGAGCAAUUGUUGUGUAGCAAGGAAAAGGAACGCGAAGAAAUGCUAGAGCACUACAAGUCGUUAUCCGAAGGGGUCAACAUACUAGAAAGUAGCAAUCACACUCUAGAGGCAGAGAGCGCGGAAGUCAAAAAACUGCUCCAGGUAGCGGAAGAUCGAAUCGGCGAACUGCAGGAGCAGCUCGAGCUGCGUCAGACUGAAAUUAAGACAUAUGAACGGCAAAUUAACGAGCUGUCGACGAGCAUCGUUUCGCUCGAGGAAGAAGUUGAAAGCCUAAAGAAGGAGAACAGUAAUCUUCGGGAGGAUCUGGAAGCGACCAAAGAUCUGUGCUCUAAGCUGGACGUGCAGAAGGACAUGCUGAAGGCGGAGCUGGACGAACAUUCGUCCAUUCGGGAGCAGUUGAAUCGCGAGAAUGACACACUGAAGCGACAACUUUCGCUGGCCAAAAUCGGUGACAAAGCUGCUGUUGAUGGUCUGCAGGAAUUGCUGGCUGCAUGCCGUUCGGAAGUUGAACAACAACGAAUGAUAACCGGUCCAUUGAAUCAAGAGGUCAAAUCUCUGAAGAGUCAGAUUGAGGAGUUGAGUGAAAAGCUAGCAGAGGAGCGCGAUCGUGCCUCUAAAAGUGACGCAUUGGCAAGCGAGUACAAUGUUCAACUGCAAGAGCUAAAGCGAAUGAUCACGGACGAUCGAUAUGCGCAGGUGCAAUCGAGACAGGAAGAAGAUGACUACAAUAGAAUCAAGAUUUAUUUGAACUCCAUUGAAGCUAAUUAUGGAUCCGAAAAGACCUUGAAGCUACGCGACGAUUUGAGUUCGGUGUCAUUUUCAAGUUGGAAACUAUCCGAAAGCCCGGUUCCAUCGGUUGCUCGGAAUGAAUUUCGCAAAGUUUACAGCAGUGAAUCAUAUCCCAAAAUCAUUGAGACAAGUGCCUGCCACAAUCGUAAGACCCUUUCCGAACCGGAAACUUUGGCAACAUUGGAUAUGUAUCAGGUUUUGCCUUGGAGUAGUUUCAGCACUGGUGAUUCCACUGCGAAAUAUGUUCCAUCGGUUGAUAAUAGAGGAUCUCCAAGUGACGUUUCAGAUCGAUUAGCCGAGAGUGACUUGACAGCUGCAAUCAAAACAGUCGAAAAAAUAGCUGUUAAAGAUGGAGCAACGCAGCGAUCGGAAGCAAACAUGAAGCCACCAGAAGGUUGGAAGAUUAAGCGAUACAGUAUUAACAGUUUUCGAAAAUCUUUUCUAGUGACUGAAGCUGCUGGCAUCACUAACGAAAAACGCAUAUCCAAAACAUCACUGAAAUCAGCCAGUCUUUCUGAAUCCACCGAUCUCAAAAGUCCCAUACAGAAGAUAUCUUUGGACAAUGUACUUCGCGAGCAGAAAAGUCAAUCAUUGGAUCACAGCGUUCUCCACGACAUAGAUAUUACCGUUAAGAACGAAUCCCCGAAAUCAUUACCGCCUUUUGCUCAGAAAAGACAAUCAAGCAACAGUUCCGAUCAGUCUAUCGAUUCCCUUUCACCACGUGAAUCAAGUUACGAGCGGUUUAGAAAGAGUUUCCUCCAGGGCAGGCAAGCUAUCAAAUCAACUUCUUCGCCAAGAAAAAGUGACUGCAUCCUUCCCUCGGUACCUGUUUCAUCCGUUUCCGGCUACAAAUCUCCGACCAGCAGUGAUAAAUUUCCAGUGCAAGAACAUUUCAAAAGUCCCAUGGAGCAGAUAUCCCCGGACAAUGUACUUCGCGAGGAGAAGAAAAGUCAAUCAUUGGAUCGCAGCGCGAUCUCGGACAUAGAUGCAACCGGACACAGCCAAUCCUUGAAAUCCUCACCACCCAGAAUUCGGAGAAGACAAUCAAGUAUCACCUCCAAUCGGUCAAUCGGUUCUCUCCCACCACGCGAGCUGAGCUACGAGCAGGUUAGAAAGAGUUCCCUCCAAGAAAAGCCAGUAAUCAAUUCCACCUCUUCAUCAAGAAAAAGUGACUCAAUUCUACUCCCGGUUUCUGUUCCAUCUAUUUUCGGCGUCGAAUCGCCAACCAUGUCGGAAAAGCUCGCUGUAAAAUCACACACUACAGAACAAAACCCGAAGCAGACGUCCCCCGACAAAACUAAUGGCCGAGGGUCGACGGCCAUCAUUUAUAAAAAUGCACUAGGCGAACGGUUAAUUUUGGCCGACGAUCGGCAGCAGCAGCAGCAGGAAAACGAUUGCAGUGUCACUGCACACGGCAGCAUAAUGGUAAUUGACGAUUUGCGACGACCUAAAACGCCAAUUAGGGAGCCGAAAGUGUCGCUGGCUGCCGGAAAAGCCGUAUCCGGUGCCAGUUCGAGUAGGGAAAAUCAACGAAAAUCCCCGACUGUGAGACGCAGUAAUGAGAGCGGCACUACUACUAUUGCUAGUACCAGCAGCCGCCGCUGUGAGCAAAGAAAGUGGCGAGAGAUCCUGCCAUCGAAGGGAAAGACAAACGCUGUGAGCCAGACUCCUUCCCUAUCGGCAACAACUAACGACCGGAUAACGACGAUAAAUUAUGAAAUACUUAACGCCAGCGGCAGACGGAGGAGAAGGAGCAGCAGUGGAGGGCGUGUGGAACCAGUUGAAGCUGCGAAUCAAAGUGGAAGAAAGCCUCUCAAGUUGCGACCGAUUACGUCUUAUGACGGUGGGGGUGGUGGUGGCGGUGCUGCCAAUUCGACGCCGGAGGUAACGCUAAACGGUGAUGCUGAGAUGUACGUGCUAAAUUUCAAGCUUAAGGUGAAGGGAGAUGAGAAUAAGAGCGAACGGUAGUUGCAAAUUGCUGCUAAGAAGUAAUUAGAGAUGUUUGUCUACUAUAUUUUGUAUCAUAUUUUACCGGUCUAAUUGUGCAUCAUGAUUAACUAGAGAGA